UGGUGGAAGGACUGGCUCUGCUGGAUUUGGGGGUCUCACCAUAUUCUGGAGCUGUUUUUCAUGAGACCCCACUGAUAAUAUAUCUCUUUCACUUCCUGAUUGAAUACGCUGAGUUGGUGUUCAUGAUAACUGAUGUGCUAACUGCUGUUGCCCUUUACUUGGCCAUCCAGGACUUCAACAAAGUUGUGUUCAAGAAGCAGAAGCUCCUGAUCGAGCUGGAUAAGUAUGCACCAGAUGUGGCUGAACUCAUCCAGACACCCAUGGAGAUGCACUACAUCCCCCUCAAGGUAGCACUGUUCUACCUGUUAAACCCCUACACUGUGAUGUCUUGUGUGGCAAAGUCCACCUGUGCCAUCAACAACACUGUCAUUGCAUUCUUCGUUCUGGCUACAAUCAAAGGUAGUGCCUUCCUCAGUGCUGUGUUCCUGGCCUUAGCAACAUACCAGUCACUCUACCCUCUCACACUGUUUGCUCCAGCACUCCUGUACCUCCUGCAGCGCCAGUUCAUACCAGUCAAGCUGAGGAGUAAAAGCUUCUGGCUCUACACCCUGCAGUACGCAGCCCUGUACCUGUGCAGCCUGGUGGUGAUCAUCUGCCUCUCCUUCUUCCUCCUCAACUCCUGGGAUUUUAUCCCCUCUGUUUAUGGGUUUAUCCUUUCUGUUCCAGACCUGACACCCAAUAUUGGCCUAUUCUGGUACUUCUUUGCAGAGAUGUUUGAACACUUCAGUCUUUUCUUUGUCUGUGUGUUUCAAAUCAAUGUAUUCUUCUACACCAUUCCCUUGGCAAUAAAGCUCAAGGAGCACCCCAUGUUCUUCAUGUUUGUCCAGAUCGCCAUCAUUUCCAUCUUCAAGUCCUAUCCCACUGUGGGAGACAUUGCACUGUACAUGGCCUUCCUCCCAGUCUGGAGCCACCUUUACAGAU